CACGGAGGAAGAGGGGGGCAGGUGGUCGAAAACAGGGGAGUGGGAGCGGAAGCAGAGUUGAGAAGGUGUGGUCCACAGAAAACCGGGGAAGGCUGGAGAGCCUGCUGGAGAGAGAGAGGGACAGGGGUGCUGGUUCAGGGAAGGGAGGGGGGAGUGUGCACUCGCUUGUGCUCAGCCUGCCAGAGAAACGGAGCGAGCAGGAUUUGUGUUUGUAAAGAGAGACGGCGGGGCCUGACACGCCACGUGUGCGGGUCAGCAGCGCCGCUUCACACGGCGAGAGCGAUGUGGACGAGCCGGGACCCUUCCAGAGGGGCGAGCACAAAGAGCUGGAGGGGCAGAAAAAGAUGAGCUCAGCAGGGGGAGGGGAGGUGCACUGGGGUCCCCGCACAGGGGUGGGCGAGGGAGACAUAAACAGGCACUGAGCGCCGGGCACGCCAGCGAUUUCCACUUGGUCCCGAGAGAGAGAGAGAGAGAGAGGCAGGGAGACAGCAGGAAGAGUACGAAACCGGGCCGGAUCAAUAAAAACGACGGGAGGUAAGCCGGGUCGAGAAGGAGGAAGACAAAUAAACUUCCCUGCGAACGAAGGGAGAGAAAGCGCCAGGACCUACAGAGCCCUCUGCUCCCGCCCGGCCUCCACAGCGCUGCCCCAUGCAGCCCCAGCGCCCCGUCCCCCAGGCCGCGCCCUCCUCCGUGGGCCACACCCUCCGCGACAUGGCCCUGGGCUUCGGCCGCAACAAGAACCUGCUGGGAGCCAACUUCUCCUACGGGCUGCUCCAGUCGCUCAAGGAGUGCCUGUACUUCCUGCUGUGCUGCUGGUGCAUCAAGGAGAUCCUGGACUGACGGCGGCGGGCCGGGCCGGGCCGGUUCCGAUUCUGGCGCGCCGCCUGCUCUGACACAGCAAUCUUUAGUUUUAACGCGGGCUGAAAUGAAGGAGAAUGAAGUAGACUUCGCAAGCUGAGCUUUGGAAGUGUGCGCGAUGCUGGGGAGCGGUGCGGGACUCUCCCCCCUCCCCCCCCUCUCGAGACUGGGGCUUUUUCUUGACGAGUCACGGUCUCGCCCUGGUCCGCAGCCCUUCGUGAGACAGAAGAACUAAUUCCUAGAAGCGUAUCUUCGUCUCGCUGAGGAAGUGAGCACAUUGCGAGGAGAGAGGGGGGCUGUGAGCCCGGUGACGUGGAAUUCCUGACGGGGGCGCUGCAGGCCGACUCUCCAAACGCGAAAGGAGGGUUUUCAUGGACAAGCCGGCAGUUGAGCUGCCGUUCGCUCGUCUGACAUUUGCGUUUCUGGAAUUUCUCUUCAGUAAAACAGUGGGGAGCAGCAUAAUUUACUAACAGAGCUACAGAUGAACUAGCGAGCACGUUCCCAGGAGCAGUGUCCCUCAAAAGCAGAAGAGAAAAGAGAAAAAGGCGAGUGCGUAAUAAAAGUACACAAUUCCCGGUCUCGGACUGGCUUCACGUUGUUUUUCCAAGCUAAACGGCGCCACCUCGUGGGAUUGCCGAGCUCGGCACCCUCUUUAUUCUGUCCGCGGAGUUCUGAACUGACGGCUGAUCUCUUUUUACACGCUUUGAAAAUGCGCCGUUGCUUUUGCAUCUUCGGCCUGCUAGCAUUUACGUGGUUGCCUCUUUCAAUCAUGAUUUUGUUCAAUAAAAAUUACACGAGUUCCUUAUG